UGCGCCUAUCUUAUUAAGAGAGCCCAAUUCGCUACCUAUUCGUGAGUGCCGCGCGUACCGCUGUUCAUAAACAGAGUGUGUCAACCGAAAAUUAGCCGAUCGGCAUUUUGUUUCCGAAUUUUUCACCAACUCAGACGUGGCCAAAUUAUAAAAACGAUUUUUACUGGUUAAAAGAUACCAAAUCCGGUCCGUUUUAGCGCUAAAGUUACCGAAUAGCGACUUACUACGCGGAAAGCCUGAAAAAAUGGACGACGAAACACCGGAAUUGCUAUUUUUCGACACCUUUUCUCACGAUACUUACGAGAAAUUGAACCUUGAUUUGGUUCAGUUCCCGAAGCCGGUUUAUAUCACCGAGGUGCGGAUCAUCCCGUUAGGCGCUCGGGUACAAGCUGAUUUCCCCGGGGGUGUCCGGCUGGGAGCUACCAAUCCGUCUCAGUUCAAGAUUGAGUUGUUCGUCAACGAUUUGGGGAAGCCGGGUGCUCCGACGUUCGAAUGUUUGGGUGAUUUCGACUACAACCAGAACAACUGUAUCCACCUGGAAUGUGGGAAGCCGGACGAUGGUGCCCGUCGGAUUCCAACCGAUGGACUGGUGCUGAAGGGAUACUAUACCACCAUAACGUUGGCCGUUUAUGGGAUACUGACGUCUAAUAUUGCGGAACCGAUUGUGUCUCCGCGGGAGACGACUCCGCAGCCGGAUCAGGUACUUCCAGUUGAAGUUGGCAUAGGGGUGGAUGUUCCGAUUGGAAUAGCGGAACCGGUGAACGUUCAGGAGUGGCCUGAGGAACCGCCACCGGUGGUUCCAACCGAAGUUUUCGUCCAGAAAGAGUAUCCGGAAGCUGAUGGAGAGGAUAUUCCAAAGGACCCCCGCAUGUACGGUAGAAGACCGGCAGCUGGUCCGGUUCUGGCUAGUCCAGCUGAACCGAAUUCACCGAAAGCUCUGGACCGUGUUCCAGCCCCGGAUCAUCUCGAUGGUCGUGGCAAACGGAUUUCCCGUUCUUCGGAGCGGCAAAUGCAUUAUGAACCGACACUUAGAUCCCGUGGCCGGAGUCAUGAUUAUUCCCACUCUCCGGACUAUCAACAGCAGCAGCAACAAGCGAAACGUGACUGGUCCCGUAGCCCGGAUUAUGGAAAUCGAGCCCGGGGUCGCAAUCGAAGCGGUUCCUAUGAUCGGGUCCGCCGAGGAACUUCCCACGAAAAGGACGAUCGCCGUAGACCCCGUUCGCCGAUUGAAUCCCCCCGGAGACCACGCAGUCCUGAUACGAUGGACAACUCAAGCUAUUGGGAUGAAGAGGACGAUCUUCCGCAAACCAAGUACGAGAAGCGUCCGAUUCCGAUUCCAUUAAAACCACAUCAACAAACCAGCAGCCCUACCUCUGCUUCUGCGACUCCGGUAGAUUCACCGGCCCUAAUCCCACCGGAAGAAGACGUCCUCUCUCAAACCGAACAAUUUGAACCAAUUUUAAGCGAUGAGGAAAUCACAGAGGACUACGAUUACGAGAUGGAGUACGACUUACCGGGAGAAUACUACAAAUCCUUCAAUCCGUUCCAAGCCACCCUCAAAAAGUUCAAUCCGGAGGAAGAACUGCAACCGGGGGAGCUUCCCCCGGAACAUUCCCCCCGGUCGGUGGUUAAACAUUUGGAAAAUUUGCUACGCAACAAUCGGUACACCGGCAAAACGACGGCCGAAUUUGGGUCCGAAACGGGUGAUUUUAAGGAGGGUUUUGUCGAUUACACUGAACAGGUUGUAUUGCUGUUGAAUCAAAUUUUCAUACAGGACGAGUGUCGCCAACACUACGAGCAAAUCCUCGACAGUUGGAUCGGGCAAAAAAGCGAAGCCGUUCACAUUCUCCUGAAUUGUAUCAAACUCGGCCUGGACAUAGAUCGGGCUAUGACCCAACCGCAGCCAGCGUACAAACUGCGGCACAUGAAGGCGGGUAUCCGCCUGACGGAAUUUCUCGGUUCGACCGAGCCCUUCAUCAAGCUGGUGCUAGAACAGGAAGAUUUCAACAUCUUCGAUCGGCUGCUGGGACUGUACUCGCAGAGUUAUAUGGCACUGUCGAUUAAGUUGAUGAUUAUCCGAACGAUUUAUGCCUGUUUGGACACGAAACGAGGGCUGGAUUACUUUUUAAGCCCGGAAUACAAUGGGUACCAGAUUUUGUUGGACCUGAUUCAGGAGAACCCGUCCAGCAGGAUAAGCUUUGCAUUGAAAUCGCUACUGAAGAAGAUAAAUAUUUAUGAGAACUUGGAUUUGAUUCGUAGCAGCGUUGGUGAUAUGUACGCGACUAGGUUGGAACCUGGGUUUAAACCGGAUCCGGCUACGUUGGCGGUUUUGGAAAACUGUUUCAUCGAAGUGACUAAAGCGAUUACGUUCGAUGCGAUUUCUUACAGUCAACCGAAGAGAUUCUUGCCGGUUUCUGCGAAGUUUGAGAUCCACAAAGACAUCCGUUCGUCGUUGAACAGCAACCGUAGUUUUGUGGCAUUUUUCUCGGUACACAAUUUGGUGGAAACGUUAAUCUAUUUGCUUGAAAUGAAGCUGCCAAGUUCGUCACUGAUGGGGUGUGUUUACGAUCUGUUGGCUGCUCUUUUGGUUCGGGAUCAAAAGCUGCGUUAUUUGAUGGAAAAUGUCGAACUGGUAAAUGUGCUUCUGAAGAUUUUGUUCCAACAUUGUCCGGUUGGGGAAGAUUCGCACCCUGAGGAUUUGAUCCAUGAGCUUACCAGAGGUCAGCAGCUGGGAGUUGAGAUGGCCUACAAACUGCAGACGAUGUACUAUUUGAAUGCUAUCGAUUACUGUAGCAAGAGUCCUGAUAUUGAUCAACUUGUGGACCAUCUACAAUCACUUUUCGCUUUGUCGAGCGGGUUUGGGAAGCGUUAUGUUGUACAGGUAAUCUGCAUGGAGGACAACAUAAAGAUCUUUUUAAAUUUGAUUGAAAGUGAAAAGCGUGCCUUGAGCAAGGAUGGCUCGCCGGGAUUGAAACACAAGAAUCCGGUUCUAAGCCUCAGCGUUGAUUUGGUCGAUUGUGCCGUUAGACACUGUGGAAACGUUGGAUAUUUGGCUCAUCACGGGGAAAUUUUACUGAACCUAGUGAAGCAACAUGAACAGUUCGAAUCCUCAGUCAGUGCAAUGUUGCAGGAAAUGGCCGUCUACUUGAAACCGUUGGAAAUCCACGCAAUAUUCUCCUACGAGGACAUUAAUCCACUGAUUGAACUUAUCAAACGCAGCUUGGAAUUUAUAACAACUUUUCCGGGGGAUCUGAUCAUGUCACUGAGAUUGCUUCGUUUCCUAAGCAUUCCUGAUUACGAUCUACAAGGCCAGCCACCACACAUUGAGCUUAAGUUCAAAUACACAAUACUGCAGUUCUACGCCGCUGAUGGCAAAGGACUGUUGAUAUCGAUUCUGGAAAAACUUAACUCCUAUUUCGACCAACCGGCAAUUCACGCUUCAAGUUUGGCCAGUACCCAAGGCAUUCUCUUAACACAAAUCUUGAGUCCCUUGAUGGAAGUACUAAGAAAAAUCAUGACCUACCUAAUUGAAUGCCGUAACACCGAGUUUAAGGACCUCACCAUAAUUGAACCGCUGUUAAAAACUUACGCACUUAUGCAAAGUGUUCCAACCGGUGCCACUGCUAUCGACGAAGCUCGUAAAAUCCAGAAGGACAUCAUCAAAAUCCUACUCACCUUUACGCAGCCCACACCAAUGGAUGGCCUAGAUACCAAUAACAUCCACAAAAGUCUCUGGACCCAGAUGGUCGGAGAACUGAUCAAAUUCAUCCUCUACGGACCCAACUAUUUCAUACCAGGGCUCUUAGUGUUCUCGGAACUGCUCCCUUUGCCUCUCCCCAUCCAAUGUCGUCAGCAACUUAGCCAGACCGAAAUUACCAAGCUUAUCAACGAACGUCAGCUCUGGUCUGCCCAUCUACAUCCCCAGUCACCGGCCAUUGCCGAAAUGAUUCAAACCAUCUGCCCCUCGAGCUACACCCCGCUACUGGUCAUCUUCAGCCGAGUCUGUCUGCAACUGUCGGAUCUGGCCCCGAACAUGACACUCCUUAUUUCGAAAGCUAUCACCGACCUUAUCGUCCAAGAAUCGCUGCUCUCAGGUGGCCUCGCCAGCACCUCUCACGCCCGUUUGUUCAGCUUCCUCGGAAGCUUGGUUUGCCACCCAUCCGUAAAAAUUUCCGUUCUCUCCAUCCUCUCGGGACGCAUCAUGGAUCUGAUGACCAACAUCCUGCUGAAUCCAGGACAAACGCCGGCCCACCAGCAAACCCAGGAGAACAUCUACAUCGUGUUCCAGAACCUAUUGGAUUCAGAGUUUUCGAUGAUGUUUGAAAACAUCUCGCCGUUAAUGCAGCUGGCUUGCUCUCUGCCGACGAAGGAGAUCAUCGAAAGUUGUUGCUCUACCAUUGUUGAGAAUGUGGCCCGGGAGGACAUUGGAGCGGGGGUGUUUUCCGCUGCCAUUCGGACUGUACUGCUGCUGGUUGAGCAUGACAUCACACUGGUCACCUUCCUGGUGGCACUGGAGAAACGCAAGGAUGGCUAUCAGACCACAGUUCAACGCUUCCUCGACAAGGCUCGAGAACAGCCGGACAACUUCCGGCCAGUCUUCGUGCUCCUAGCCGAGUUCUGGCGCUCGCUGGUAAUGAUUGACGAAACCGCACUUUUGGUUUACAAUCUGCCGAAGCGUACCAUCAAAUUGAGCCCGGAACAACUGGGAGCAUUCUUCUAUCGUCCAGUCAUUAAACAGGAAGGCCAGGAGCCAACACCGGAAGAACCGAUCGAGUGCACCCGUUUGUUAAAGGAUUUAUUGACCAUAUUUAAAACAGAAAUUAAACCAUUGUCCGUCGAGCCACAGGAACCAGAUUGUGAAGAAGGGUCUCAACCUGCUCCUCCGAUCGUUUCGACUCCACCGGACAACCUGGAAGAGAAUCUCACCUUUUUAAUCGAAUAUCUGGGUGACGCUACCCCGAAGAUAGACAAUCCAUUUGAUUUUGGAGCUCUGGACCCGUUACCCCAGGCCGAAGGAAUUGUCACUCAGUAUUCGUCGCGCAGCGUUUUUGUGGUGAGCGAAGAGUUCGAGGAUCAACUAAAGGCCAGCUUCUGGUUGAGUUUCUCGCCAUGUGAGGAAGACCUCGAGCGGGAACAAAUUCCGUGCGAUUUGCAGGAGCUAGCCAAAACCUGUUUAACCGGAGAUAUCAAUCUUACUUCGGAUUGCAAGCGAUUGUUGCAUUUGUCGGCAUCACCUCACUCGAACCGGGAUCGGGUUGCCACGGCUCCGUGCUUCCGCACUCGCCGCGUUGAAGUGGAACCCAGCACCGGACGACCGGAGAAGAAGAUUUUCGCGACUCCACUGCGCGGACGUGGCUUCACCCGGGCUCCGAUUACCCGGGGAGAUUUGUUCCGCUCACGCCCUCCAAACACAUCACGCCCACCUUCCCUACACGUCGACGAUUUCUUGGCCCUUGAAACCUGUGGCGCUCAACCAACCGGUCCAACUGGAUACAACAAACUAUCGCGGGACAUCAUUUCCAAUCGUGGAAGCGGCCGGGGACGUGGUCGAUCGUUUUCGGAUCGUGGCGGAGGACGAUCGGGCUCCGGAUCCGGGGGUGGAUGGGGUCAGGGUGGUGGUGGUGGAGGAGGAGGAGGUGGCGGAAACAGCGGCUCCGGUGGUUGGUCCCAUUCUAAUGAUGGCCCCUCGGGAUCCGGUGGUGGUGGCAAACAUGGCCACUAUCGGGAGUCGCAGUCGCAGAAUCAUUUCGGAGCACCGCACGUUCGGUCCCGUUCUGGGCGGGGCUUCAACCGGUAUGGAGGAAGGCCGUACUCGAGACCCGUUUAAGGUUACAUACAUUUCAUUAUUUACUUAUCAAUGUUUUACUAGUUUAUCGAAAGUUGACUGGUUCAUUUUUUUCUUAAAAUAAACAACAUUCUUCGACUGUUAUACAGAAUACAUCAGAAUUUAUGGUAAAUAGUUGCACACUCAAAUCUUCUGUGUAAACCCAACAUAAGUUUUAUGUAAUGACCUUCCUUUUUCAGUCUUUGACUUUGUUUUUUCUUAUGAUUUUGUUGAUUCAAAGCCUAACAUUUUGCAGUUUGUGGUUCUUCUUGUAAAAGACUCGGAGAAAUGCACAUUUUGACGAAACAUUUGAAAUUGAAAAUAAAAGAAGCAAGGUUAAAGUGAACCUGUCACAUCGAAUAUUACAUCGAUGAUUGAUGAUAAAAUUUACCCUCAUUAAACGUACACUUAAUAUUUGACAUUGUAUGAUUAUCAGCAUUUUUAAUAAACUCUUCGUGAUUAA